AACAUAUCCAACCUUCUACACGAUUCAAUUGCUUUACCCAUGAAACCACUAACGCAGUAAUUUUUCUGGUACCUUACUCUAAAAGAAAAUAAAAAUAAAAACAAGAUAUUGAAAUCUAAUUAAAAAAUAAAUGAUUUUUCAAAGUGAAACUUUAGCUGGAUCCUUUUUAUUCCAUGUAUAACCUCUAAGCUAAUCUAUGAAGAGAAAGAUUCAUGCACAUCCGUGUUACGCAACAAAAAAGACGAAUAAAUGGAAAAACACCAGCAAUAUAGCUUAUUGCGUCUGUGUUCCCUAUCAGUGUUGUUCAGUCGCGAAAACAGUUGCAGCGACAACUGAACCAUUCAAAGGCAACAGAGAAAGAGCGCCGUUGAUUUAUAGUAGAUCCGUCUCUGACGAAACAGUUUCGCGUGUUUCACUGGACAGAUCGCACGAGCCUUUGAUAAACUAGACGGAUGCAAAAAUGGCCGAAAAGAAGUUCCAGUUUGCUAUAGAUCGCGGCGGUACAUUUACGGACGUGUACGCCAGAUGUCCGGGCGGCAAGAUUCGAGUGAUGAAACUACUGUCAGUAGAUCCAGCCAACUAUGAAGACGCGCCACGAGAGGGAAUUCGAAGAAUUCUUGAACAGGAGACUGGUCAGAAAAUCGCGGGAGAAAUAGACACUUCGUUGAUAUCGUGGAUCCGGAUGGGGACCACGGUCGCAACGAAUGCUCUGCUGGAAAGAAAGGGUGCAAAAAUGGCACUGUUGAUAAACGAGGGAUUCAGAGAUCUUCUUUUCAUAGGAAACCAAGCGAGGCCGAAUAUAUUCGAUCUGCAAGUAGACAUGCCAGAAGUUUUGUACAAGAAGGUAGUGGAAGUUAGGAGCAGGGUGAUACCUGCGUUACACGGUAAAUGCCACCUGGAUAACAAAAUCUGGCGCAGGGUAAAAGGUUCCACAGGCGAGGAUCUCUUCGUCACCCAAGAAUUGGACGAAGAGAAAUUGAAGAGAGAUCUUGAGGAACUGCAACGAUCAGGAAUUGAAAGUUUGGCAGUGGUCCUGGCGCACAGUUACAUGUUUGCUGAACACGAAGCCAGAGUAGGCGAAUUAGCGAGACUCGCUGGUUUCUCCCAGGUGUCUCUUUCCCAUGAAAUUAUGCCCAUGACAAGAAUCGUUCCCAGAGGCUUCACAGCCUGCGCUGAUGCAUAUUUAACACCACAUAUUAAACAGUAUUUACAGGGUUUCUCGUCAGGCUUUAAAAACAAACUGAAAGGUGUGAAUGUGCUAUUUAUGCAGAGCGACGGUGGAUUGACUCCGAUGCACUCAUUCAACGGGUCUCGUGCUAUUCUUUCUGGCCCCGCAGGCGGGGUCGUAGGAUACGCGAUGACCACUUACAACAAAGAAACCGAUUUACCUGUGAUUGGAUUCGAUAUGGGCGGCACUUCGACCGACGUGAGUCGUUACGGUGGCAGUUACGAGCACGUCUAUGAGAGCACAACUGCGGGUGUUACGAUCCAAGCUGCUCAGUUGGACGUGAACACAGUUGCGGCAGGAGGUGGAUCGAUGCUUUUCUUCAGGUCGGGUCUGUUCGAGGUUGGACCUGAGAGCGCAGGAGCCCACCCAGGACCGGCGUGUUACAAGAAAAAUGGUCCUCUGGCUGUUACCGAUGCAAACUUAGCUUUAGGAAGAUUGCUACCAGAGUAUUUCCCAAAAAUAUUCGGGCCGAACGAAGAUGAACCAUUGGACAAGUCACGCACGAUGCAGGCCUUCCAAGCACUCACUGAUCAAAUCAACGAAUUUCUAGCGAAAGAGAGUCACAGAGGUAAGAUGAGGGUCGAGGAAGUUGCGAUGGGUUUCGUCAGGGUCGCUAAUGAAACCAUGUGCAGGCCAAUAAGAGCUCUGACACAGGCGAAAGGGUACGACACAUCUCGUCACGUUUUGGCAUGUUUCGGGGGUGCUGGAGGGCAACACGCGUGUGCCAUUGCUCGUUCUCUAGGAAUGGGUACCGUUUUCGUUCACAAAUACGCUGGAAUUUUGUCAGCCUACGGAAUGGCCCUAGCUGACGUCGUGGAAGAAGCUCAGGAGCCUAGUGCGGAAAUCUACGAGCCAAAAUCAUUUGCGCGAUUGGACGAACGCUUGGAUGUCUUAGAAAAGAAGGUUAGAGACAAAUUAGCUAUCGAAGGCUUCGCAGCCUCCCACGUAAUCACGGAACCAUUUUUGCACCUGCGUUACCAAGGAACAGACUGCGCCCUGAUGUGUACACCCAGUAGGACGAACGGAAACAAAGGCACGAGACACGGAGAUUUCCUCACAACUUUCUUAGAAAGGUAUCAGACGGAAUUCGGUUUCACAAUGCCGAAUAGAAAGAUUCUGGUGAACGACGUAAGAGUGAGAGGUGUGGGAAAGACGGAUAUCGAAGAAGAUUCGAUUUUUCCUCCUUCGAACGAGCCACCGAAAGUGGAAAAGACUACCAUGGUGUACUUCGAAAGCGGCUACUUGGAAACUAAAGUGUAUCAGUUGCACACUCUAUCACCUGGCCACACGAUACUUGGACCAGCCAUCAUAAUGGAUAGCCUGAGCACCCUUCUAGUCGAACCCGAUUGCACCGCAUCGAUCACUCCUCGUGGUGACGUGAAGAUAACGAUCGGUCAAGGUUCGAAGACCGAGGUCACCACCGAGCUGGACACCAUUCAACUCAGCAUCUUCUCUCACCGUUUCAUGAGUAUCGCCGAGCAAAUGGGCAGGAUCCUUCAGAGGACCUCCAUCUCUACAAACAUCAAAGAGAGACUGGACUUCUCUUGUGCUGUCUUUGGUCCUGAUGGUGGUCUGGUUUCCAACGCACCCCAUAUACCGGUGCACUUGGGCGCUAUGCAGGAGACCGUUCAGUUUCAGAUGAAGGUUUUCAAGGGUCGUUUCACAAAGGGUGACGUGAUCCUUGCGAAUCAUCCGUCUGCGGGUGGAUCGCAUCUUCCAGAUCUCACUGUCAUCACUCCAGUAUUUUACAAGGACGUUGAGAAACCAGUGUUCUUUGUAGCCAGCAGGGGCCAUCACGCUGACAUCGGAGGCAUCACACCUGGUUCCAUGCCACCACAUUCGACCACCUUGCUUCAGGAAGGUGCUGCUUUCAAAAGUUUUCUACUAGUGCACAAAGGUGUGUUCCGGGAAAAGGAACUGACCGAAGAAUUAAUGGCACCAGGGAAGAUCCCAGGAAGUUCAGGGACUAGGAAUCUAUCCGACAACCUGAGUGACCUCAAAGCUCAAAUUGCUGCUAAUCACAAAGGUUCGUUACUGGUCAACGAAUUGAUCGACAUAUACGGACUCGAAGUGGUUCAAGCGUAUAUGGGUCAUAUUCAGCACAAUGCCGAAGUUGCCGUCAGGGAUAUGUUGAAGUCUGUUGGCCGGAAACUGUUGGAGGAAACAGGAAGUACCGCUACUAGCGCCAUAGAUUAUCUAGACGAUGGAAGUAUGAUUAAGUUCCUUCUGAGCAUUGAUAUUGAGAAGGGUGAAGCAGUCUGUGAUUUUACUGGCACAGGGUACGAAGUUUGGGGUAAUUGCAACGCACCUCGAGCUAUCACUUUUUCAGCAUUGAUUUACUGCUUGAGGUGCAUCGUUGGUAGAGAUGUUCCUUUGAAUCAGGGUUGUCUGAAGCCUGUAAAGGUAAUCAUACCCAAAGGAUCGCUGUUAGAUCCAUCGGAAGAAGCUGCAGUGGUUGGUGGUAACGUUCUCACGUCCCAACGAGUCGUGGAUGUUAUUUUGCAAGCUUUCGGAGCUUGUGCUGCAUCGCAAGGGUGCAUGAAUAAUGUCACUCUUGGUACAGAGGAAUGGGGAUACUAUGAGACUGUCGCUGGUGGUAGUGGAGCUGGGCCAACAUGGGACGGCAGAGGAGGAAUACAUACGCACAUGACCAACACAAGGAUCACCGACCCAGAGAUAUUGGAACUUCGUUAUCCUGUUGUUCUGAAUAAAUUUUCUCUUCGUCCUGGAAGCGGUGGAGCUGGUGCUCAUCGUGGUGGCGAUGGAGUCGUUCGCGAGACAAUUUUCAGAGCACCCAUGAUGCUGUCUGUGUUAACCGAAAGGAGGGUGCACAGUCCACCCGGACUAGCUGGAGGACUGCCAGGAGAAAGGGGAAGAAAUACGCUGCAAAGAGCUGAUGGCAGAAAGAUCAAUCUGGGUCCAAAAACAGCCGUACCAGUCCAUCCCGGGGAUACUUUUAUUCUGGAGAGUCCAGGGGGCGGUGGUUACGGACAACCCGGAGAAAAGGCUGCUUCGAUUCAGAGAAACUUUCAAGGAUUCGUCGAACGAGGAAGCGUCUUCGAAUACCGGAAGGCGCAAGAAUCUGUAUAG